UCAAAUGUCAUUUCUCUCGCGCCUUUUGCAAGGAAACAUUUUAACAGAGAUUUUAGAACAAAAUCAAUUUUUUAUUGAUAUAGAAUAUUGAAUUUAGCUUGUAAAUGAAUAUAAAAAAUUCGUGUUGGUAAAAUAAAUUCAUAUAAAGAUAACGUCGUUUAGUGCAAGUUUAAUUAUGUCUGGGGAAGGUACAUCAAAUGGCAAUCUAAAUGAAAAUUCCGAAAUGCCUGUCUAUAAAAAGGAAGCUUUGAACGUAACAAACUUUAAAUUAGUGUAUGAAGAGGACGAUCUGGAGUCAAACCAUGCUAUAACUUUUAAACCUGAAAUGGCUCAUCAAAUUUUUGGCGAAAGUGAAUCUAUUUUUGGAUAUCGAUCUCUGUCUAUAUCUCUAAACUAUCUACAUAAUUCCUGCAAGUGUUAUCUGGAUGUUAAGAGUGCAGGAAAAAUUGCAAGUGGUCACAUUAAAGCAGAUAAUAUUGUAAAAUUAUUAGAUCCGUGGUUGCCUGGAAACUUCACAAGUAGUUACGAUGAUUUUUUGGGUAUGCUUAAUGAUGAAAACCAUGAACAAAUAUAUGGAGACAUCAUUAAGACAUUUCAAGGCAAUAACGAACUGACCAGGUUUCCCGAACAUCACAUUAAACCUACAUAUAAGAUCACACAAAAUAAUAUUGACAGUGAAGAUUUUAAGGAGUUUCACUCAAGAUUCGAGACAUUUAUUGUUUGGUUUAUUGAUGCAGCUAAUUUUAUUGAUCUUGAUGAUGAAAGAUGGAUUAUUUUUUACAUAUAUGAAGAGUUUGAGCAUCCGAUUACUAGAAAAAUAUAUCGCACGCCAGUAGGCUUUUGUUCAGUUUAUAAAUUUUAUGCGUUCCCAAACAAUAUUAGACCAAGAAUAAGCCAGUUUUUUAUUUUGCCAUCGCACCAAAAAAACGGAUUAGGCACUGCAUUAUAUGAAACAGUCGCAAGCUCUUUAAGAUCUAUGAAUAAUGUAGUUGAUAUGACAGUUGAAGGACCCACAACAGAAUUUCAGAAAAUUCGUGAUCUUGAUGAUUGUUUUACAAUACACAAAGAGUUAUUGGAAAAUAAAACUGACUUCUUUGAAACAGAUUCGAGACAAAUGUUUGAAAUUGCCAAAAAGUGUAAAAUUGGAAAAAGACAAGUCCAAAGAGUAUAUGAUAUUUUAGGUUUAUACUAUUCCACAGAAAAAGGGCCAUUAUCUUAUGCCAAAUAUGUAGAUAAUAUUAAAGAUAGAUUUAAAAGGAACAAUGAGAGACAAUCAAGAGCGAGUAAGCGGUUUUGUAAUUUAGAUAGAGCAGGGACCACUAUUCAGACGGAAAAAAAUAUUUUAAUUGAUGCUGAGUAUAAAAAAUACUUAGAAGACCUUGAACCAUCAGUAAAAUAUUUACAAAAAAAGAUGAGCGAUAGAUUGAAAGACUGGAUUGUGAAAAAAGUAAUUAUAUAAAUUUUAGUUUUAUUUAAAUUAAAAAAUUGCCUCAAUUAAAUAA